GUAAGCACCAACCGGAAGCAGCGGUACCACAUCCGCGUGACACGGAUUUCUCUUGUUUUUAUGACCAAAGUCCAGGAGACUGAUUCCUAAAGCCAACGCUGCGAUGCCUUUCGUGGAGCUUCAGACCAAUUUACCCGGUUCCUCGUUUGAUGAGGGUUUUCUGAAGAAGUUCUGUUCAUGCGUCGCUUCUACACUAAACAAACCAGAGGAGAGAAUGAAUGUGGUGGUGAAACCCGGUCUGCCGAUGCUGAUCGCUGGUUCCUGCUCUCCAUGUGUCAUGCUGUCGGUGUCCGCCAUAUCUGUGACGGACACUGCUGACAAGAACAAACAGCACAGUGCCAAGAUCUUUGAGUUCUUAACCAAGGAACUUAGUAUGGCUGAAGACAGGAUUGUAAUCACGUUUCAUGAGUUGCAGCCUCACCAAGUUGGAAAGAAGGGAACAGUUAUGAGCUUCUUAUGAAGAUCACAUCUCAUGUCCAUCCAAUUCCAUCUCAUUCCUAAAGAAGAUACAUUAUAUUUGUGUUCACCACAUAAAAAAGUUAUUUGAAAAUA